AUGAGCAACGUCGACCCUCCGGGGCCUCGCCAGCCUCUCGAGCCUCUCGGGGUGCUCCACAUCCCUGGAGGCACCAUCACGUACGAGGCUGCCCGCAAGUGCGAGGACAACGUCAUCAUCGAACACCACCGAGGUGCCGAAACCCACGAACUCUUCAACCAUUUGUGGGUCGACCGCCACAAUGCCGAAGCCCUUGCAGUCCACCACGUUGGGCUCGAGCGCGGUACCAUCGCCCGGAUUGCCCCCCAGGAGCAUUGGCAGGUUGGCGACUAUCACAUCUGCUUCAUUGUUGAGGUCUACGACACGGUCCACGACAAUGUCCACAAGGUCCUCUUCAAGUGCUACAUCCCCUCCGCCUUCGGGGAGGACUUCUUCCCAAAGGCUCUUGAGGAGAAGAUGCGCAUCGAUGUUGGAUCUCAUGUCUGGAUGUCCGAGAAGUGCACUGAGAUUCGCAUUCCCUUCAUGUUUGGGUAUGGUCUACCCAACGGAGAGCAAUUUACCCAUGUAGCCCAGUUGGGUGAGGAAGAGCAGGAUAAGUACAAGUACAACCGGGAGUUCAUUCCCCGAUACAGCCCGGACGCCCUCAUGUCUCCCUACUACCCUCACGAAUGCGGGAACAAGCUGCCCGCUGGAUACGUCGUCGUGGAGUUGGUCGAUACUCCCGGGACCUGCAACCUCGCGGAUGUUUGGGAUCAGAUUGCAGAUGACCAGAUCCACCAGAUCAAAAUCUCUCACAGCAUUUCCAAACUGAUGCUCAGCAUCGCCAAGCAACCAAAGAACAGAAUCGGCUGUUUCAUCAUCAACAACAACUGUGUUGUUACCCUCAACAGCCGCCCUGUUAUGCACACCACGUCCGUCUUCCAGCGAAAGAAGGUUUCGCCGACCCGCCCCGGCGACGGCCCUUUCACCACGACUGAGGAGUUUGUUGAAAAGAUGCUGCAAAUCAAGGAUCUCGGCCUCGUCCAACAGCCCAACGGUUGCGCGACCGAGCAGGAGUGCCGCAGCCAGAUGGCCUACAGAGUCAUCCUUCGCAGCCUCAAGGACAACUUUCUCAAGCACGAUCUCGACGACGGGUUGUUCAUCCCUCAGCUGGCAGACCUCGACUUCCGGCACCUCAGAGUCGACAAAAACCUCAACAUCACUUGUCUCUUGGACAUCGAGUCGCUCUGUGUUCUGCCGGUGGAGACGUUCCAGGAGCCUCACUGGCUCCUUGGCCUCCACGUCCAGGACGCCGAAAACACCUACCAGUACAGCAACGCUCGCAGGUUCUUCAUGGAUUGCUUCAGACAGCAGGAGUUCUUGAUGGCCACGGAGACCACAAAGUUCCUCUCAAGGACACCGCACGUCUCGCUCCACGGCUGCAUGACCGACAUGUGGCACAGUAGGGGGUUCUGGUUCAUGGCCAGCAUCAUGUCCCCAACCAGCAUGUACGACCAGGCGUACAACGAGAUGCUCACCAGGUUCUCCACCCUCUCUUUCCGAGAGAUUGAGGAGGUUCGUGCCUCGCUCUGGGGCGACUCCCGAGCUGUGCUCGACAAGAUGAAUGCCGAUCGCGAGGCAUACCUUGCUCAAGUCGACGUGAUCUUUCGUCGUGCCCCCGGGGAUACCUCCCCCGAUGCCUCGGAGGAUGUGCGUGGGGGUACCCUCUCCCAUGUGUCUGAGGAGGCCCUCUCUGAGGCUCUCUCUGGUAUCUCCAUGGAUGCCUCGGAAUAGAUGUUCCAAUCUCCCCGCCAUGCUUCUUCUCUUGAAGGAUGAUCCCAGGUUUCGAUAGCCCGUUUAGGUAGGAGUCAACGCUCGGCUUAGGCCGACUCAACAAUCAGCAGUAGAAUUCUUUGAGAAUUCAUUGGGAGGUGGAUGGUAUCGAAACACGGGAUCGGAUGGAUGAAGAGUGAAUGGGUGGUGGAUGGAUUGAGUGUGGUUUCAUUUUGUUCGCAAAGUUUUGUUUUUCAGUGUGAAGUUGUCCUCAGUUUACCCCCAGCCUCAGAAAAUCUCCAGGGUGGACGGAGUGUGAUUCGCACGCACGGG